AUGGCGCCGUGGUGCCGCGCCCAGUACCCCGCCGGCCGGCCGGUACUCACGAUUAUCGAGAACCCCAGGCGGUUACGGGACAGCUGUCACAUCCCUUCUCCCGUCGUAUUUCUGGGCUUGCACUCCUCCUUUGCUUGUCGUGUCCCCUGCUCCUUCCCUGCUGAGUUUUUCUCCUAUUUUACCUGUGUUAAAAGAGCCAAAUUCCAGGGUUCACCAGAUAAAUUUAACACAUAUGUGACCCUGAAAGUGCAGAAUGUGAAGAGCACAACUGUAGCAGUGCGUGGUGAUCAACCUUCCUGGGAACAAGAUUUUAUGUUUGAGAUUAGUCGCCUGGACCUGGGUCUAAGUGUGGAGGUAUGGAACAAAGGACUGAUUUGGGACACCAUGGUGGGUACCGUGUGGAUUGCACUGAAGACUAUUCGACAGUCAAAUGAGGAAGGGCCCGGGGAGUGGUCCACAUUGGAGGCAGAGACAUUAAUGAAAGAUGAUGAGAUCUGUGGAACUAAAAACCCAACUCCUCAUAAAAUUUUGCUUGAUACAAGAUUUGAGUUGCCUUUUGAUAUCCCAGAGGAAGAAGCCAGAUAUUGGACCUACAAAUUGGAGCAAAUCAAUGCCUUGGGUGCUGACAAUGAGUAUUCUAUUCAAGAAGAAAGCCAGAGGAAGCCAUUGCCCAGUGCUGCCGCCCAGUGUUCUUUUGAAGAUCCUGAUAGUGCUGUCGAUGACCGAGAUAGUGACUAUCGCAGUGAGACCAGCAACAGCAUCCCGCCUCCUUACCAUUCGACUUCCCAGCCCAACGCUUCUGUGCACCAGUUCCCUGUGCCUGUGCGAUUGCCACAGCAGCUGCUACUUCAGGGCAGUUCCCGGGACUCUUGCAACGAUUCUAUGCAAAGUUAUGAUUAUGACCUCGAUUACCCAGAGCGGCGGGCUCUCAGCCCCACCAGCAGUAGUAGGUAUGACUCCUCCUGUAAUGUGAGCCAAGGAAGCUCUCAGCUGAGUGAAUUGGACCAGUGUCAUGAACAAGAUGAUGACCGUCGGGAGAAGGACUCAAUUCAUUCCUGCCACAGCUCUGGUAGCUUCUCUAGAGAUGUCCAAGUGGCUUUUGGAGAACAAGAGAAAACCUUGGAGGUGACUGGUGAAGUAGAGAAGGGGAGAGCAUGUGAACCCAAGGAGAUGAAAGAUGUCACAACCCAUCCUACCCCAGAUCUGGUGCUACAAAAAGACCACGUCCUAGGUCCCCAAGAGAGUUUUCCUGAGGAGACUGCAUCUUCGCCGUUCACCCAAGCCAGAGCACAUUGGAUCCGAGCAGUUACCAAGGUUCGACUCCAGCUGCAGGAGAUUCCAGAUGAUGGCGACUCCUCUUUGCCCCAGUGGCUCCCAGAAGGGCCAGCAGGAGGGCUCUAUGGCAUUGACAGCAUGCCAGAUCUACGCAGAAAAAAGCCACUGCCACUUGUCAGCGAUCUGUCAUUGGUCCAGUCCCGGAAGGCAGGGAUUACUUCUGCAAUGGCUACCCGUACCUCUUUCAAGGAUGAAGAGCUGAAAUCCCAUGUGUAUAAGAAAACCCUGCAGGCCUUAAUCUACCCCAUCUCGUGCACCACACCCCACAACUUUGAGGUCUGGACUGCCACUACCCCGACCUACUGCUACGAGUGCGAAGGCCUGCUCUGGGGCAUUGCCCGGCAGGGCAUGCGCUGCAGCGAGUGUGGAGUCAAGUGCCAUGAGAAGUGCCAGGACCUGCUCAACGCCGACUGCCUACAGCGGGCUGCAGAAAAGAGCUGUAAACAUGGAGCUGAGGACCGGACCCAGAACAUUAUCAUGGCCAUGAAGGACCGCAUGAAGAUCCGAGAGCGUAAUAAGCCUGAGAUCUUUGAAGUUAUCCGGGAUGUCUUCACUGUGAGCAAAGUUGCCCAUGUGCAACAGAUGAAAACAGUGAAGCAGAGUGUACUGGAUGGCACCUCCAAAUGGUCGGCCAAGAUUACUAUCACUGUGGUGUGUGCUCAGGGCCUGCAAGCCAAGGACAAGACAGGAUCCAGUGACCCUUAUGUGACUGUGCAAGUGGGUAAAACCAAGAAGCGUACCAAGACCAUUUUUGGGAAUCUGAAUCCUGUUUGGGAGGAGAAGUUCCAUUUUGAGUGCCACAACUCUUCUGACCGGAUUAAGGUACGUGUGUGGGAUGAGGAUGAUGACAUCAAGUCGAGAGUAAAGCAGCGGCUAAAGCGAGAGUCUGAUGAUUUUCUUGGCCAAACCAUCAUCGAGGUUCGGACACUGAGUGGCGAGAUGGAUGUCUGGUACAACCUGGAGAAGAGGACAGAUAAAUCAGCCGUCUCAGGGGCUAUUCGACUACAAAUCAAUGUGGAAAUCAAGGGUGAGGAGAAGGUUGCCCCGUAUCAUGUGCAGUACACGUGUCUCCAUGAGAACCUUUUCCAUUACCUCACAGACAUUCAGGGCAAUGGAGGAGUCCAGAUCCCUGAGGCCCGAGGAGACGAUGCCUGGAAGGUGUACUUUGAUGAGACUGCCCAAGAAAUUGUGGAUGAAUUUGCUAUGCGCUAUGGCAUCGAAUCUAUAUAUCAGGCCAUGACGCACUUUGCAUGUUUGUCAUCCAAGUACAUGUGUCCUGGUGUGCCAGCAGUGAUGAGCACCUUACUCGCCAACAUCAAUGCCUACUAUGCCCACACAACUGCCUCCACUAAUGUCUCUGCAUCUGAUCGCUUCGCAGCCUCCAACUUUGGGAAAGAGAGAUUUGUGAAACUACUGGACCAGCUCCACAACUCCCUGAGAAUUGACCUCUCUACAUACAGGAAUAAUUUCCCUGCUGGGAGUCCUGAGCGGCUUCAAGACUUAAAGUCCACAGUGGAUUUGCUGACCAGCAUCACUUUCUUCAGGAUGAAGGUGCAAGAACUGCAGAGCCCUCCAAGAGCCAGCCAGGUGGUAAAGGAUUGUGUGAAGGCCUGUUUGAACUCCACAUAUGAGUAUAUCUUCAACAACUGCCAUGACUUGUACAGCCACCAGUAUCAGCUGAAGCAGGAACUACCUGCUGAGGAACAAGGGCCCAGCAUUCGGAACCUGGAUUUCUGGCCCAAACUUAUCACGCUCAUUGUGUCAAUCAUAGAGGAAGAUAAGAAUUCCUACACACUUGUUCUGAACCAGUUUCCUCAGGAGCUGAAUGUGGGAAAAGUCAGCGCAGAAGUGAUGUGGCAACUUUUUGCCCAAGACAUGAAAUAUGCACUGGAGGAGCAUGAGAAAGACCGGCUGUGUAAGAGUGCUGACUACAUGAACCUACACUUCAAGGUGAAGUGGCUCCACAAUGAAUAUGUGCGGGAUCUGCCUGCCCUCCAGGGGCAGGUACCUGAGUACCCAGCGUGGUUUGAGCAGUUUGUCCUACAAUGGCUGGAUGAGAAUGAGGAUGUAUCCCUGGAAUUCCUACAUGGGGCCCUGGAACGAGAUAAGAAGGAUGGGUUCCAGCAGACAUCAGAGCACGCACUCUUUUCCUGCUCUGUGGUGGACGUCUUCACACAGCUCAACCAGAGCUUUGAGAUCAUCCGAAAGCUGGAAUGCCCAGACCCCAACAUCCUUGCCCACUACAUGAGGAGAUUUACUAAGACCAUCAGAAAGGUGCUGAUGCAGUAUGCAGACAUCUUAUCAAAGAACUUCCCAGCUUAUUGCACAAAAGAGAAAAUGCCCUGCAUCCUGAUGAACAACAUGCAGCAACUGAGGGUCCAGCUGGAGAAAAUGUUUGAGGCCAUGGGAGGCAAGGAGUUGGAUUCUGAAGCUGCCGACAGUCUGAAGGAGCUGCAGGUGAAACUGAAUACAGUUCUGGAUGAGCUCAGCGUGGUGUUUGGAAACAGUUUCCAGGUGCGGAUUGAUGAUUGCAUUAAACAAAUGGCCGACAUCCUGAGCCAGGUGCGGGGCCCAGGGAAUGCAUCCCCCAACGCCAGGGCCUCAGUGGCUCAGGAUGCAGAUAGCGUGCUCCGACCUCUCAUGGACUUCCUGGAUGGCAACCUCACCCUCUUUGCCACUGUGUGUGAGAAGACGGUCCUGAAGCGUGUGCUGAAGGAGCUCUGGCGGGUGGUAUUGAACACAAUGGAAAGGAUGAUUGUUCUGCCCCCACUCACUGACCACACGGGCACUCAGCUGAUCUUCACUGCUGCCAAGGAGCUGAGCCAUCUUUCCAAACUCAAGGACCACAUGGUGCGAGAGGAAACACGGAGUCUCACUCCAAAGCAGUGUGCUGUCCUUGACCUCGCCCUGGACACCAUCAAGCAAUACUUUCAUGCAGGAGGCAAUGGGCUGAAAAAAACCUUCCUGGAGAAGAGCCCAGAUCUGCAGUCCCUACGCUAUGCACUAUCUCUGUACACACAGACCACAGAUACACUCAUCAAAACCUUUGUGCGUUCACAGACUGCCCAGGUGCAUGAUGGGAAAGGUAUUAGGUUUACUGCUAAUGAGGACAUUCGGCCGGAAAAGGGGUCUGGUGUGGAUGAUCCUGUUGGAGAAGUCUCUAUUCAGGUGGACUUGUUUACACAUCCUGGAACUGGAGAGCACAAGGUCACAGUGAAAGUGGUGGCUGCUAAUGACCUCAGGUGGCAGACAGCGGGGAUGUUCCGACCCUUUGUGGAAGUGACCAUGGUUGGCCCACAUCAAAGUGAUAAGAAGAGGAAGUUCACAACCAAGUCAAAAAGCAACAACUGGGCCCCCAAGUACAAUGAGACAUUUCACUUCCUCCUGGGAAAUGAAGAGGGGCCAGAAGCCUAUGAAUUGCAAAUCUGUGUGAAGGAUUACUGCUUUGCCCGAGAGGAUCGUGUUCUAGGGCUGGCUGUGAUGCCUCUGAGGGAUGUGGCAGCCAAGGGCAGCUGUGCCUGCUGGUGCCCCUUGGGCCGGAAGAUCCACAUGGAUGAGACAGGCAUGACCAUUCUCCGGAUUCUGUCUCAGAGGAGCAAUGACGAAGUGGCUCGAGAGUUUGUGAAGCUCAAAUCGGAGUCUCGUUCCUUGGAGGAGGGGAGCUGAGCACCUGAGCUCCUGUGCCAACCAGAUGGCACCAGUUCCACAAAUCAGGGCCAGUGGGAGUUACUAUGUAGCCAGCUUAGGUCCUCAUAGUUAAGAGGCUGACUUCUUCAGUUAAAGAAAUUUAAGGAAACUUUGGGGUGAUGGAAGUUUGGCUUUUCACAGAAAGGGUCAUGAAUCCCUGACCAGUAGGUCUGUGGUGCUAGGGUGUUACUGCAUAGGGAGAUUUUCCAUAAAGAGAGAGGGACAGACAUUUCUGAGAGUGUCACCCAUUCUUGGUAGACACACCUCUACCCCACACCCCAUGUCUACCCCUCUCGAUACUGCACCUUAUCCAGUUGGACCCCUAUGUACCAGUCACUAGAAGAACAAGUUUAGAGGGCCAGGAGCUUGUGCCUGGCUAGCUAAGUAGUCAGUUGAGCCUAUAGGUAUCACUGAGCCCUGUAGUCUGGAUUGAAGUACAGUCAGGGCAGGAGCACACAGAAUAGAAGUCACACUGUCCCUUGAGCAGAAUCCACUGGUUUUGUGUGCCUCCAGUGAGAAAAAGGCUUUGAAACUGAACAAGAUACCUCUAGAAAUGAGCUCUGUUAAUCCCUUACCCAGUUCAUAUCUGUCGUGAACAGGAGCAGGUUCAUAUGGUGCUUCAGAGCCUUGAGCAGAAUAUUCUUUGGAACCCAAGUACCAGAGGCUACUUUCCCAGGAGUCCCUCUACCUCACUCCUGUAGGAAGGGAAGUGAUGCUUCAGGACAUGAGAGGCUGUUCUUGUGUGUAUGCAUCUGAGGACUAGUUGAAGGAUCCAGGAGAAAGAACUAUAUUUCCUUCUUGGGUAGGCCCCGAACAAAGCCAAAAUUUUUUGGAAAUUAGUCUAGAAGGAGUUCUCCUCACUUACGGUCACUGACUUCUGGCUGUCCUCCCCCUUGUAGAAAGAAUCUAGCCUUUGACUUCACUCCUGUCAUUAGGUCAUCUGUGUCCCCCUCAUAGAUAGUCAGCCCCCUGGAAGAAACUUGGCCUAUGAUCCCUCUAUACAGACUGGAUGGAGGAGGGCCUCAACACUCCCGGGAGGUUAGAGACAAACUCUUGCAAGGGGUCAUGUGGGCUUCCCAGGCCUUUGCUCAGAGAAAUGACAUGGUCCUUUAAUAUCCUUGGGAGCAGCUUCCUGGACUUCCUUCCUGGACUUUCUGAGGACUCUGCAUUGACCACAGCUGUACUGGUCAUUACAUUAAACAAGAAAUGAAGCAUAUUUGCUGUUGUUAAUUAUUGUAUGUGCCAUUGUUACAGGAGAUUAUUGGCUAGUCUGUAAUAAAUUAUCUUAUAGCAGCCUU